ACAGCUACUUCACUUGGUAGACCAAGCGCAUCCCUUGGCUUGAAUGGGAAAGACAUCCAGCCGGACCCCCACGUCAGCAUUGCGAAGGAAUACAGCAGGACGCGGGGUAGCCAAGCAUGGCCACUAUUACCGGCCGAUCUCUCAUGAUGCGGCAACCGCGACUGAUCCAAUAAGAGCAGAAUAUCGCGGAAGAUACAUGCCAAAUCUCCCCAAACUUUGCUUCCUUAGAUAUAACUAGAAAUCCCGUAUCGACACACGACUUUGCAGCAACCUCAAAACUUCACCGACUUCAUCUAACCAUGCUCGACUUCAAAGGUGUCGAUCUUACCGGCAAGACAGCCAUUGUUACCGGCGCUUCACGGGGAAUUGGCGCCGCGAUUGCGAAACAACUUGGGAGACGAGGGGCCAAUGUCGUCGUCAACUUCGUGACAGACAACAGUCGCCAGCGAGCCCAAGAUAUUGUCAAGUACAUACAGAAGCACGGGUCUAGUGCCAUUGAGAUCCAGGCAGAUAUAGGAAAGCCGUCUGAGAUUCCAAAACUCGUUGAUGCCACGCUGAAGUUUAGCGGAAGUGGCAAAAUCGAGAUCUUGGUUCACAACGCGGCUUUGGGUGUUGACGCCAAUCUUGAUGAGGUCACCGAGGACCUGUAUCUCACCCACUUUGAUACCAACGUCAAAGGACCGAUUUUCCUAACCAAAGCUGUUGUGCCGCACAUUUCCCAAGGCGGUCGAAUAGUGUUUGUCUCCUCUGCAGCUGCUCGACUUGGGGUUGCGGGACAAACCGUAUACGCUGCUACAAAAGCAGCCGAUGAGGCACUUGCACGUGUGUGGGCUAAAGAGCUUGGCCAAGAGCACGGCAUUACUGUCAACUGCGUCAACCCCGGCCCGGUGGCUACUGACCAGUGGAACGAAAGUGACGACCAGUUUAGGAAAGACAUGGAGCCUCUGAUUGAGUCUACACCGGCUGCGGCGAGAAUCGGAGAGGUGGAUGAUGUCGCACCGCUCGUAGCAUUCCUUUGUAGCAGCGAUGCUCGAUGGACUACUGGCUCUGUCCUUUGUGCAAAUGGGGGUUUGUAUAACUAGAACAGAAAUACACUUGUGCGACC